GUAUAUGUGACUAUGUAGUACUUAUUGCUGGGUUAAGUGGGCGGCAUAUCUGAGUUGUUUCAUUACUUUCACAUUCCUUGCAACGAUGGCGGCAGUGCCUCAGGCAGUUAACGUUUACAGCACAAGUCAAAUGACAGACAACUUAAGCAGAAAUGAAAUACUUCAGUGGGUUAACCAUUGUCUGGAUAGCAAUUACGGAAAGAUCGAGGAGUUAUGUACAGGCGCAGCUUAUUGCCAACUGGUAGAUAUGUUAUUCCCAGGGACACUGGUCUUCAAGAAGGUGAAAUUCAACACCAAACUUGAACACGAAAGCAUCAAUAACUUCAAAGUUUUACAGUCUCUGUUCAAGAAACACGGUGUGGACAAAGAAGUUCCAAUCGAAAAGUUAGUCAAGGGAAAGUUUCAGGACAACUUUGAGUUCGUCCAGUGGUUCAAGCGUUUCUUCGACGCCAACUAUGAUGGCCAUCCAUAUGAUGCCUCCGCAGCUAGAGGAGGAGAGAAAAUCGUCGGUAGCGGCAAACCAAAUCAGUCUAGCAUUGUCCCACCGCGUCCAAGUCCAACAGCGAGUAGCAGACCUUCAGGUCAAAGACAGGUAUCUACAACUGUACGAAGUAGACAAUCCGCUGUAUCAGGACUUUCCAACGAUGCUGGAGGGGAUACUGCAGAUGUUACUGGCCUCAAAGAACAGUUUGACUUGCUGACUGUUGAGGCUGAACAACACAAAGCAGCUAUUGCAGGACUUGUUCGUGAGCGAGAUUUUUACUUUGACAAGUUGCGCAGAAUUGAAAUAAUUUGUCAGAACAAUGGAACUGUCGAGUUGUUUAAAGACAUCUUAGAAAUUCUUUAUGCAACGGAAGAUGGCUUUACUACUCCCGCAAACGAAGAGCCGGAAGAAUUUUGAUUUAAGCUUUAGUUGUAUUACUUCGUACAAGUGCUUUUAGGAACAUAUUCGUCGAUCUGCUAGACGAAAACGCUACUAGUACCGUUGCUCCUUGUUAACGGGGUAAUCACAUUAUUCCAUAAGUAUUACAUUUUAUUUCUUUUAUGAUUCGUAUGUAUUUGUACAGAACAUGUAAACAUUUUUGAAGCUUCCCUGUCAUUCUAAAACUGUAUUACAAUUAACACAUUGAUUGACUUCUCCUCUAUCCCUGUGAAGUCUUCCCUUCGGUGUAUUUGACACAUACACAUGAAAAUCUUACAAAAUAUUCAUUGCCAGUUUCAUCCAUUUUCUUCUUUGACGGGGCAUACCAACAAUUUUCCUUCUCUAUGUGUGUUGCAAAAGUCCUUCCUUUAUAUCCAUACAACAGCAAUAUUCAAGUGCUUUCCAAACAGAUGAUAUACAAAACUGUUGCUUUCGAACCUGUUUUGGUACACUCCCAUUAAAACCAAUUAAUAAAAACUAGACUGAAUACGCCUCGUAUCCUGUUCUAUCCUGAAAAAUACACGCUCAUAUAUAGCCAUUCCCUCCACCUGGAAAGAUAUGCGAAA